AUGACUUCUAUCUAUUUAUUGUACUUAAUUGGGUUUUUGGAUUUGUUUGGAGUUAGUAUGGUGAUUCCAUUGCUGGUCAAACACUGCAAGACACUGGGUGCCUCUCCAUUUACUGCUGGAAUCAUUGGUUCAACAUAUGGUCUAAUACAAUUUUUUUCUGGACCAAUUAUUGGAAAAUAUAGUGAUCAGUAUGGUAGGAAGUUAAUGUUGCAAAUGUGCUUUUUGACCAGCAUUUUUAGUUACUUGUUGCUGGGAUCAUCCAAUCAUCUUUUGGUUGUUUUCUUGUCAAGAAUUCCCAUUGGAAUCUUCAAACAUUGCCAAGAACUUUCUAAGUGUCUCAUAGCUGAUACUGUCACAGUGAAGGAAAGAAGUAGUGUGUUUGGUAAAUUCAAUUCUAUAUCCAACAUUGGGUUCAUAUUUGGGCCUCUGGUUGGUAGCUACUUGUAUGAGCAAGGUGGGGGCAUUCAUCACGUUACCUUUGCCACUUCCUUCCUCUUCAUGAUCAACUUGUUUAUCAUCACUUUCCUCGUGCCUAAAGGAAAAUAUGCCACUGAUGCCAAAACCCGUCGUCAGCUGAAUAAUCAGAGCAUGCUUUCCUUUCUUCAACGUAUCACAUCUUGGAAAUUUAUGUCAUGUAUUUGGGUGAUACUUCUCAUCAGAUUCCUCCUAUCAUUUUCAAACUUCAUUUAUCGUUAUGAUCUAGCUUCAACUCUUGGUGCUAAAAAAAUUGGCAUCAUCAUGUCGUUUUCAGGUUCUGUCUCGGCCAUUUCAGGGUUUUUCACAGGCGCAAUAGUUCAGUUAUAUUCUGGCGACCAUAAAAAACUCCUGUUGCACAUUUCCUUAAUACAAGCAGUCUGCAUAGCUGUACUGACCAUGUAUGAGGAGUUAUGGUUACAACUACUAUUCACCGUUCCAUUAAGCGUUGUUAACGCACUAGCAAGAGUUGUGGCUGUUAGUAUGACCAUAGAUUUGGCAAAAAAGAAAGAUUUAGGAGUUGUUGCCGGAUUAGGAAGUAGCACCAUUGCCAUCAGCCGGUUUCUGGCACCGUUGGCGGGUGGGCUGGUCCAAGAAGUUUAUCUCAGUGGUCCUGGAUACGUUGGAGCCAUGGUGUCCUUAUUAUCCGCCAUUUUUGUUGGGCUCGUUGAUAAAGUUAAAGUGUGCAAAAGAUUAGACUGA